AUGCUGACAGCCAUCCUCACCCAAGCGGAUCCGGACGGGCCUCUUUGCGUCGUUUUGGUACAGGAGAGCCAUGUUAUUCCUUCAGACGACCCUCCAGAUUCGAUGAGCAAUUUUCAAGCAAAAUGUGUCGGUUGCGGACGACAUUUGGCUAGCUACGCCGAAUUUUGCGAGCAUUUCCGAAUCAAUCUCAAUUUUCCAAAAGAACAUGUUUUCCAGUACUAUGGACAGAUGGACUCUGAUAGCAUGUUGAUCAGAGCAGAUCUUUUGGUGAGGAUUCCUUGGUCGCAAAGCCGAAGCUCGCAGUUGACCAUUGCGGAAUCUCCGUCACGGGGUAGCAUGGGAGUGAGACCUCCAGCAGGAAACGACGUCGAACAGCAAAUGCCUGAUCAAAUCGCGCCGAUGGAAUCACCGGCGGAAAUUAACCCAAUACAGCGUGUCAUUGAAGUUCCCGAAGGAGCGGAACAAGUCAUCCUCGAAGUAAUGGAUUCCUCCUCACGAGAAGCAUUCGAUGGCGAAAUGGUAGCCAAGACCUGUGAAUUAUUUGCCGAGUCUUUCAAUCGAUGCUACGGAACCGAUCUAGAGAGAUUCAAAUGCUUCCAUGGCAUGUUUAUUGUCCCAGAUGAUCAGCACGUGACGAAAAUGCAAGAGAUAUCGCCAACCCAAAGCCCAGAAGUUUUGAGCAUUUCAGUUUUCGAAAGAGCAUUUUCUGGUAUCGUUGAGUACAUCGACAAACAUCCAACAACUUUGUUCAAUUUCUUUAUAUUGGGCGUCAACUCAGAGGACUACAACUUCGAAGUUUUCAAACGCCUAGAUUUACUUUCUCAACGCGCACAAGUUAUGGUUACAUACUUCGGUAUUCGACCGUAUGAACUAUUUGCGAAGGGCUCUCCAGUUCCAUCAAAUAACGUCAUUGUCCCUCCGCUGACUGAUGGUCUUUCUACUGCCUCAUACGAUUUUAGAAGCCACUUAAAGUCGCUGUCGACUGACACUCCCACUGUUUCUGCGUCUCCAGAAUUCGAAAAUCUAUAUAGUUAA